CUCCUCCCGGUUCGGGUGGAAUAUUCACUACAAAUCCAGGCUUUUCUGCCGGAUUGGACCCCGUGUGGUUCCGUGUUGUUGGUGACUUUUGUGGAAGGACAUGGCCGAGUCAGGUCAGCCCGGUUCGGAGGAUCCUGAUCCCCCGAACGGCCAAGCAGCGAGUCCGAUGUCGGUGAAGAAGAGGGCCCAGCAGUCUCCGGGUACCCGGUCCAAAUACCAGAGCUCCGGACCGGGUCACUGCUUCAAGAGGGUCACUCUGACCAAACCCACGUUCUGCCACGGCUGCAGCGACUUCGUCUGGGGCCUGAUCGGGUUCCUGUGUGAAGGGUGCAACUUCAUGUGUCACGAGAAAUGCCUGAAGACUCUGCGCACCGUGUGUACCUGCAUGGCUCCAUCUCAGGUGCAGGUGCCGGUGGCUCACUGCUUCGGUCCAGCGGGUCAGAAGAAACGCUUCUGCUGCGUCUGCAGGAAACAGACUGAGGGAAGCACGGCACUGCGCUGCGAAGUGUGUGAGCUUCACGUCCACGCUGACUGCGCUUCUUUCACCUGUGCUGACUGUCGGAGUUGCCACCUGGACGGGAACCUGCAGCAGCUGGACACAUUCCACCACCACUGGAGGGAGGGGAACCUGGCGUCAGCGGCCAGGUGUGAAGUUUGUCGCCGCUCGUGCGGAUCCUCUGAGGUCCUCGCGGGGAUGAGGUGUGAGUGGUGCAGCAUCACGAGCCACGCCGCGUGUUAUCUGAGCGUGCCGACAGAGUGCACUCUGGGACGUCUGCGCUGCAUGCUGCUGCACCCAGCCUGUGUCCGCCUCCAGUCCAGAAACUUCAGCAAGAUGCACUGUUAUCGCAUCGCCGAGAGCUGCAGCCAGGACCUGGAUAACUUGGAUGCUGUGGAUCUGUCUCCUGCAGCAGCAAAAGAAGUUCAGCCGGCUCCAGAAUCAGGUAAGCAGGUUCUGAAGGUGUACGACGGCGACGACGCAGUCAAGCGCAGCUCCUUCCGACUGGUUUCCAUCUCCAGAGCCCCGAGGAAUGAGGAAGUGGAGGCGGCGCUGAGGGCUUUCUACCUGCCCAAUGAGCCCAGUAACUUUGAGCUGCAGGAGUUUUCGGUCACGCAGUGUCCCGCCAGCGAUGACAUCCUGAACCAGAACGCCAGCAGUCCGGAUAACCGAGGGUCUCUGAGGGACGCGAGCGAUGCCUGUCUGCUGAGGGCUAAACCACGAAACACUGAAACCAUCAAGGUGUACACCGGCUGGCCCAGGUCGAGUGCUGCUUUCGUCUCCGUCUCUGUCUCAGAGGCGAGCACUGCGGCGUCCGUCCUUAGCGAAGUCCUUCACCUUAGAGGACAGAAGGACGGGGACUCCUGCGGCCUGGAAAGUCCUGGAAAGGUUUUGGAUGAAGACGCGUCGGACUUCAGUCUGCAGGAGGUUUACAUGAGCAGCAAACAAGUCCAGAGACAAACGCUGAGCCCUCAGGAGAAGGUUCUGGACAAACUGCAGGAGAUCAGAAAGGUUUCUCUGCGGCAGAUGAACCAAACACGGUUCUACCUGGUGGAGAACAGGAACCCGGCCGUCCAGGUGAACCUGCUGAUCGGAGGACUGCCCCUCCAGAAGACCAAGGAGGACUACAUCCAGCUGAUCCAAACACAUCUGGCUGUGAAGAGUCACCUGGUCGCCGUCAGCCACAUGUACGGCAGUCAAGGUGCCGUGGCGUUGCAGAUUUCCUGUUUCUCUGAAGCUGAGAGGAUCUUCAUGCUGGCUAAAGACACGUCUGUGGAGAACAAGCCGCUGAGCUCGCUGGUGAUCCCAGAGAUCGAGCACAACAAGCUGGGAGUGGAUGUCUGUCCCCUGCUGGUGUUUGUCAACCCAAAGAGCGGUGGUCUGAAGGGCCGAGAGCUCCUCUACAGCUUCAGGAAGCUCCUGAACCCUCACCAGGUCUUCGACCUCUGUAACGGAGGACCGCUGGCUGGUCUUCACACGUUCCGGGACGUUCCCAGGUUCCGGGUUCUGGUCUGUGGGGGUGACGGGACGGUCGGCUGGGUGCUGGGAGUCCUGGAGGCUGUCAGGCACAAACUGGUCUGCAGGGAACCGCCCAUCGGUAUCGUCCCACUGGGAACAGGCAACGACUUGGCUCGGGUCCUGCGCUGGGGGUCUGGUUACAGCAGCGACGACCCCCACCACAUCCUGGUGUCGGUGGAUGAAGCUGACGAGGUUCUGAUGGACCGCUGGACCAUCCUACUGGACGCCCGGGACAUCUCACAGGAGGGACAGGACAACUGCUUCCUGGAACCGCCCAAAAUCGUCCAGAUGAACAACUACUUUGGUCUCGGCAUCGACGCGCAGCUCAGCCUGGACUUCCAUCAGGCCCGAGAGGACGAACCGGAUAAAUUCACCAGCAGGUUCCAUAACAAAGGUGUGUAUGUUAAAGUGGGCCUGCAGAAGAUCAGCCACACCAGGAGUCUCCACAAAGAGCUGCAGCUUCAGGUGGACAACGAGAACGUCCCGUUGCCCAACAUCGAGGGUCUGAUCUUCCUCAACAUUCCCAGCUGGGGCUCUGGCGCUGAUCUGUGGGGGUCGGAGGUCGAGGGUCGAUUCAGGAAACCGAGCAUCAACGACGGUCUGCUGGAGGUGGUGGGUGUCACCGGAGUCGUUCACAUGGGUCAGGUCCAGAGUGGUCUGAGGUCGGGGAUCCGGAUUGCUCAGGGGAACUACAUCAGACUCACCAUUAGAAAUCCCCUACCUGUCCAGGUGGACGGAGAACCGUGGAUCCAACCACCAGGACUCAUCAUCAUCUCCGCUGCUGGACCGAAGGUUCGGAUGCUCAGGAGGUCCAAGCAGAAGCAGAAGAAGUCUUCUACUGUCAGAGACGGGCGCUCGGAGAGUCCAUCCUCCAGAGACGGGGGACACUGACCGGCUCACCUGGACACCAGGUGCUUUGCCUGUUCCCUGCUGCGUCGGGGAGAUGCUCAGCUGCCGGCAGGCGUAAAUUCACACAUGUAGCCUUGUAGUGACGCCGCCGGACCACAGAUCCACCUGAAGAUUGGAGGAGGUUUUACUUUACCAUUCUAAUGGGAGGAGGAGGUGUUCAUUUCAUUCCUGGUCCUUAAACAUUUAACAGAAAUAACCACAGACAAUGUGGUUAAAUAAAAGUAUGUCAUUCGUCUGUUCACACCAGGAUGUGGAAGCAGCUGAACCUCUGAGGAUGAUGGAGGUUUCAAAUGUAUCUGUGCAGUAAGUAGACGUAGACUCAGUUCUUUACUGUAUUAAUUUAAAACUAACGAGCAGCUACAGAACCGUUCUGACCCGAGAGGUGGUCCGAAACAAACCGACGAGCUCCCGAAGAGGCCGACAGGCAGUUAUUAAAAAAAAAAAAAAAAAAAAAAAGCUGCAAACACACAAAGUUGAUGUA